AUGAGCGUUACUAUUGGUACCCCACUUCAAUCAUCUGCAUUUAAAGUUUUACUGUUAGGUUCAGGAGAGCUUGGUAAAGAAGUGGUGAUUUCAUUACAACGACUUGGUGUUGAAGUUCACGCGGCAGACCGCUACGAAAACGCACCUGCCAUGCAAGUUGCUCAUUUCUCUUAUGCCUUAAACAUGGCAGAUGCAACAGAAUUAAAAGCUUUAAUUGAAAAAGUAAAACCCAAUCUUAUUGUUCCAGAAAUUGAAGCGAUUGCUACUCAAGUAUUAGUCGAAAUCGAACAACAAAAUAUUGCAACCGUGAUCCCUUCGGCAAAAGCAGUGAAUUUAACCAUGAACCGUGAAGGGAUUCGUCGUUUAGCGGCGGAAGAACUUGGUUUACCCACUUCCGCUUACCGUUUUGCCAAUACAUUAGAAAGCUUCCGUUCUGCAUGUGAUGACAUUGGUUAUCCGAACUUUGUUAAACCUGUAAUGUCUUCCUCUGGUAAGGGGCAAUCUCGUGUCAAAGAAUAUGCUGAAGUAGAUGCAGCUUGGGAAUAUGCUCAAACUGGUGGUCGGGUAAAUCAAGGUACAGUCAUCGUUGAGUCACAAAUUGACUUUGAUUUUGAAAUCACCUUACUCACUGUACGUUCGAAAAAUCCAGAAACAGGUGAAAUUGAAACCGCUUAUUGUGACCCAAUUGGGCAUCGUCAAGAUUCAGGCGACUAUGUAGAAAGUUGGCAGCCCCAAGCAAUGACAGAAGCAGCUUUAAAUGAAGCCAAACGCAUUGCCAAUAAAGUCACUGUAGCACUUGGUGGCUGUGGGAUUUUUGGGGUAGAACUGUUUGUAAAAGGUGAUAAAGUAUGGUUUAGUGAAGUAUCACCGCGUCCACACGAUACAGGCUUAGUCACACUUGCAUCACAAUUCCAAAGCGAAUUUGAAUUACAUGCACGUGCGAUUUUGGGUUUACCUGUCAAUACUGAACGACAUAGUAUUGCUGCAAGUGCUACUUACGCCUGUUCGGUAAACCUGAAGGAUUUAAACGUCGUCGUAUGGGCGUGGCAACAGCACGUGCUGAAACAACAGACCAAGCACGUGAACUUGCACAAGAAACGGCUGCAAAAGUCACUGUUCAUUUAA